GAGGGGUACUGUACAUAAGCAGGUGUUGAUGAGUGUUGUGUGUCUCACUAGCGUCCUCUGCUGGAUUCUGUUGAAUCACACUCACGCUCCUCUGUUCUUUCAGUUAUGCACAGAACACGAUGUCCCAGGAUUCAUCAAAUACAAAGUGUUUGACGCCAAACCCAGCUCAAAGACCAUCUCCGGCCUGCUGGAGUUCGACAGUAAGACCCACGCCGUGGAGGUUCUGACCGUCCUCAACCACUAUCAGAUCCGGAUCCCCAACGGUUCGAACCCGUACACACUGAAGCUGUGCUUCUCCACCUCCUCACACCUCUGAGCCGGAGCGACUGACACCACAUCUUCAUCAUCUUCAUCAUCCUCUCAGACCUGACUCUCCUUCGGUUUUAGUCCUCUUUAGUUUUUCAUCUGUUAAUUUGUUCAAACCAGGAAACUGACACACACACACACACACACACAGUCUGGAUGUAGAAUAUGAUGAUGUCACUCCAGAAGAGGUGAUGAAGGACACUGGUGUUUGAUGACCAUCAUCAUCUGAACUGGAGAAACUGAAGGACCGAACACUUUAUUAUUUAUGUGUACAGCAGCGGGUUCACUGGUUAACCGCUUAACUGGUCACAUGACCGGUAGUUCUGGGUUUGGUUGAUGAGUGAAUGUGACUGCAGCCCUGAUCCAGACACACAUCACACGAUCAGCCGAUUAAAGACUGCUAGUUAGUUUGUAGUUGACUGGGUCUGCAGCGUUAGUUCAGUACUGUAACAUGAAGCGCAGAUUUAGGAUCCACUAACACUCUCUGCAGGUUUGAUGAAGCUCAGUUUCAGGCUUCACUGCAAAAAAAUGAUUCUCUAGAAUAAAUGUCUACAAAUUCUGGAA